AUGGAUUAUUCAUUGGAAAACCACGCUUCCUAUAUUGGCCGUCCGGCUAGCGAGUUGCCUACGCCAGCUCUGGUGCUUAGCAAGCCUGUGCUGGAGCACAACACGAGCAUACUGCUCGAGGAUGUGAAGCAACUUGGAAUCAAGUUCCGGCCUCAUGUGAAAACACUCAAGUGCACCGAGGUCACUCGCAUGAUGUUGGGUAAUGGUACCCACCGGCGAAUUGUCGCAUCGACUCUAGCCGAGAUCCGGGGAUCCUUGGAGUUGGUGAAGAGCGGAGAACUAGACGAGGUAUGUACCAAUUGCUUCCUAUUCAAACAUGGACCUCCACCAAGUCAAUUGUUAUUGAAUACUAAUUGUCGACAGUGUCUCUAUGGUCUUCCGGUCUCCGCCAGCGCUCUGCCUUUCCUCGAGACAUUGACCAAGUCCCUGAAAAUCAUUCUCAUGAUCGACAGCGAGCAGCAAAUUGACCUACUUGAGUCAUACGCCUCCAAAUCUCCCUCCGUAGCAUCAUGGCCCGUCUUUAUCAAGAUCGACGUUGGUUCCAAGCGCGCGGGUCUGGUCAACAACUCACCAUCUCUCCCAAAACUGAUUCAACGCAUUGAAUCUUCUUCCGCUGCUAACGUAUACGGGUUCUACUGCCAUGCCGGCCACUCAUACGCGUGUCGUACAGAAGAUGCAGCUGCUGCUGUGCUCCACACUGAGGUCGAGGGAGUUGUCGAGGCUGCGAGAUUCCUGGUAGAUGACAAGUCCGAUAGACGGAUCGUUGUCUCCGUGGGAUCCACUCCCACAGCACAUGUGAUUAAGAGAUUGCAGGGUGUCUUACCACCAGGCAUGGAACUGGAAUUGCACGCUGGAAAUUACCCGUCCAAUGAUCUCCAGCAGGUCGCGACAUCUUUGGUUGAACCGACGCAGCAGGCCGUGCGCAUUCUUGCGGAUGUCUGCAGCGUCUAUCCGGACCGCAAUGAGGCACUCAUCAACGCAGGCACGAUUGCUCUAGCGAAAGAAACAAGUGAGUUCCCUGGGUUUGCGAUUGCUGUCGAUCGACCCCAGUGGAGUGUUGUGCGGAUGGCGCAGGAGCAUGGUAUUUUGGGUUGGGCGAAGUCAGAACAGACGGACAGACUUGUUGCAAAGACGGGCUCGAAGUCGACUGAGGGUGAUCAGGUGGAGACUGCCUUCAAGGUCGGGGAUAAAGUUAUGCUUUAUAUCCAACAUGCUUGCAUCACGGCUGCUAUGCAUUAUGCUUAUUACGUUGUUGACGAGCAGGAUAUUGUCCGGGAGACUUGGGUCCCGUGGAAGGGAUGGUGA